CUGAGAGAAGGAAGUUCCUUGCUGUGGGAUAGUGAGGUUUGCAGAGUUCAAAAAGGGAUACCUUGAAGAAAAAGCCAUCAAGGGCUAUUAGAUGGAGACACCUUGUCUGGCUCGAGAAAUGCUGAUCAGUGGAACCUGGCUCUCAGUUCUGCUUGGAGUCAUUAAAGAAGUGACCCUGGAAGUCCUGGCAGAGGAUAGUUUGCUGUCGCUUCCUGAUGAGUGCCUUCGCUGUGUGCUUCACAUUGCAGUGGGCUGCACUCUCUGGAGCAAUCAAACCUCAGCUCCCCGAGCUAAUGCUUGACUGCACUGGAAACUUCUGCUGUACCCAGUUACUUCUGGAUUCCCCUCCUGGCCAGCUGCUGUGAAAAGUUACACCCUGGGAGGAGCCAGAUACCAGGAGGUGGGCAAAGGCCAUGCUGGAAUUAAACUGAACACAAGGACAGGUGGGUAAGAAGAAACCAGGAGUGAUACACACAACCCCCAGCCCAGAGAACUGUUAGGGGCUUGUACAUUCACCUGGCAAGUUUGCUGUGUUGUCCCUUUCCAACCUGAGGAAAGAAAAUAGAAAGCAGAAAAAGGGACCAUGCAUGCUGGGCACCCCAGGAAGGCAGAAAGGUAUCUGCUAUGUCUUGCCAAAGUACUGUCUUCCUUCUUCCCAACACAGAGGUACUACUCUUGGCAGAGUUUCUUUGUCCUUGCAGAGUGGUAGAGGACCUGCAUGGGUUAUGAGAGUAGGAGGGCUUUUUCUGCAUGUCUUAAGUGUGCCUGGUUACUGCUCUGUUGCGUCUGUGGUUUCCACUCCCUCCCCUGACUACCAGGAUCCCCUUGCUUGAUGUCCCUGUCCCAGGCAUUAUCCCUGAGGCCUGCACACUCCUAUUCCUGGGAGAGUGGCCAAGGAAACCAAUUUUCCAGAGCCUCUGUGAUACUACCCUAGAGAGAGAGGAUGGCUGGAACCUGUCCUGCGGGCUGCAGCACUGCUAGGGGUGUAUAUUAGGCCUGUGCUGCAAAAUUGUUGUCUUGGGGGGCAUACCUAGCGCUGAUGAGGCACCACAUCCUGAGACAAAUAGUCUUUCUGGCCAUGUCAUGGGCCUAGGGCAUCUCCCUUGUGCCAGUGUCCUGGCCACCUGAUAUCUCACAGACAGGCAAUGAUGCCAGUGAGUGUGUACCCCCAGCAGUAACUGAUCGGAUUCAGCGUGGUUGAUAUGGAGAGGUCAUAGAGAACAUAGCAUCCACGGGUUAGGGACACACUUGAAGCACAGAUAGGUCUUGGGGAUGGGCAAGACACAUACAGCUGAGCGGCGUGCCAAAAACUGGAGAUGCGGCGUGCCAGCAGCUUCCCCGGGUGUGCAGCGAAGGAACCCAGCAGUUCCGUGGGACUAUGUCCUUGGCUUGCGCUCCGCCACUCCGCUUUGCUUGCGGGAGGGAGCGCCGUUCGCAGCCAGCGGCAGGUGUCUUAUGCUCUUGCUGGGCUGUUUCCCUCCCCCAGCAGCAGCUUCUGCGCCCCUUGCCGCGCUCCAGAGGCUUCUUUACAGCCCUCAAGGUCGCGGACCGCCGGCGGCGGGCCCCGAGCCCGUGUUGUCGGAGGAUGCCCUCUAGUUCAAGGCUGUCGCCGUUUUCCCAAGCCCGGCGCAGGUGCUGCGGGCCCGAUUCACACGGCCAGCUCUAACAACAACGCUUUGCCGAUAAGGGCAGCCCCGGCACACGGAAGCCAACAGGCGUGGGGUUCCCGCCUCGCCUCCCGGGUCUUGCGGGGGCAGCGGGCCCGAGUGCGCGCCACCAAGGACCUCAGCCAACCCGCCCGGGGCCCCGGCCGGAGGCUGCCCGGCGCAGCCCACGAGGGAGCGGGGCGGGCCGGGGUCUCCGGUGGUGGCGGGCGGUGCCCGCGGUGCCCAAUAGCUGCCCACGCCCGGGCAUAAAGGCGGUCGCGGCGGUGUCACGCUCCCCUCCGCCGGCCGGGCCCCCCGGAGCCGCCGCCGCCGCCAUGGGCAGCCCCCCCCCACCGCCGCUCCGCCUGCUUCUUGUCUUCCUCAGCAUCCUCUUGCCGCUACUGCUAUCGCUGUCGCUGCUGGCCGGGAUCGCCGCCGGCGCCGGGACUCGCCGCGCCCCACCUGCUGGCUACACCUGUGCAGCCUCCCGCCAGGCCACCUGUGGUGCCGGAUGCAUCCCUGUUCCCUGGCUCUGCGAUGGCGAGCAGCAGUGUCCUGAUGGGACUGAUGAGCAGUGUGAUGUUGCCUGUGGUGGGGACCCCCAUGCUUGGCAGUGCGAUGACGGCCGGUGCAUUUCUAGCAGCUGGCGUUGCGAUGGUGCCGCUGACUGCCUGGAUGGCUCUGAUGAGCAGGACUGUGUGUGUGGGGCUAAGAAAGUGCAGUGUCCCGGCACUCACCACUGCAUCCCGCACUGGGAGCUCUGUGAUCGGCACCAGGACUGUGAGGAUGGCUGGGACGAGGAGGGGUGUCCCCAGCAGCCCUGUCUGCCUGGGCAGUGGCAGUGCAGGAACAGGGUGUGCAUCAUGGCUGAGUGGAAGUGCAAUGGGAUUGAUGACUGUGGUGACUCCUCAGAUGAAGACGUCUGUGCUCCCUGCCCACCUGGCAUGGUGCGGUGUGAUGAGGGAAAGUGUAUCCUGGAGUCUCUGAUGUGCAAUGAUGAAGAUGACUGCUUGGAUGGCACCGAUGAGCCCAGCACGUGUGGUCGGAGCUGUUUCGUUCGCAAUGGGGGCUGUGCGGAGACGUGCACUGACACACACUGGGGAGUGCAGUGCUCUUGCGGGGCUGGCUGGGUGCUGCAGGCAGAUGGGCAGAGCUGUGCUGAUGUGGACGAGUGCUCCCUGGAGUAUAGCCCCUGCAGCCAUCUGUGCAGCAACACCCCGGGUGCUUUUAGCUGUGCUUGCCUUCAGGGUUAUACACUGCGGCAUGGCACCACCUGUGAAGUGGCAGACAAUGCAACACAGCUUCUGGUGGCCGUGGGGCAGGAUCUGGCCCUUCUGGAUGUACGGACUCGAGCCUACUGGCCACUGCUUUCCACUGACACUGAACUCCGUGCCUUGGUGUAUGACCUGCUCCGAGAAACUUACUACUGGCUGACAGAAGACGGCGAGCUCCGCGUUCACAUCCCAGGAAAGGGCACGCAGCCUCUCUAUGCAGAUGCUGGGGAGGUGAACAGCAUCUCCAUGGACUGGUUCACAGGACAGCUCUACUGGGCCAGCAGCCACCCUGCAGCCAUCUGCACAGGGCUGGGUGAUGGCCGGGGCUAUGUGACAGUGCUGGGGAAGGAUGUGGCACCGGAGCAGCUGACAGUACAUCCAUCUGCAAGGUCCCUGUACUGGGUCAAUCGUGGGCAGAGGGGCCGAACAGUCAUUGCUGCAGCUGGCAUGGAUGGCUCAAACCGGCGGGAGCUCACAGUGGUGUCCAUGGAAGAGCCUGUGGGGCUGAGCCUGGACCAUGCAGCUGGCAGGCUGUACUGGAUUAGCGAGUACAAGGAGUCCAUUGAGACGUUGCAGGUGGAUGGCAGUGGACGCCACUCCUUUCCUGCUGUCCUGGGGAGCAGUAAGGAGCCACUGGGCCUGGCUGUGUUCGAGAGCCGACUCUUCUGGACUGAUGGUGCAGAGCUGGUGUCAGCCACCCGUACCUCUCCUCAGGAGCGUGCAGUAUUGCUCCGUGCUCCCGUCUCAGCUUUCACUGUCCUACAUGCGCUGCAACAGCCUCCCCGGGACACUGCUGCAUGCGCUCCAGGCUUAUGCAGUCACCUUUGCCUCCUGUCCCCUGUACACCCUCAAGGCUACAAGUGUGCAUGUCCAGAGGGCUUCUUCCUCCUGCCCUCAGGAAAAUGUGCAGAGCUGUCCAUCAUGUAUGCAUCGGGGAAGGCCAUCUCCCUGGUGCAGGUAGGCCCUGGAGCACGCAGCAAACAGGUGCAGGAGUGGCAGGAGUCCCUCCACCUGCAAGAUGUAGACUGGCAGAGGUCAGUGCUCUAUGGGACAGAUGAUCGUGGGACACUGCUGCGUGUUGUGGGACACCCUGGCAGGAGAGAGGCCAUUGUGACUGCGCGGCCAGUCUGUUCUGCCCGUGUGGACAUCCGGUCGGGGAACCUAUACUGGCUCGCAUGUAACCGAAGGGACAUCGGAGUGAUCCAGACAUCUGACAUGUCCUCACGCAUCCUGCACCGUGCUCACAGCAGCAUCCAGCACCUCUUCUUGGACUGGCAGCGGGGCUCUCUGUACUGGCUAGCCCGUGGGCAGCCCCUGCAGCAGCUAAGCCUGGCUGGGGGUGCUCCAUGGGAUGUCUGGAAUGAGACAUGGCCUGGAGAUCUGCCUGCAGCCAUGGAUAGCAGAGCCUUCAGCCUGCUCUGGAGUUCUGCCCUGGGCCUGCAGGCACUGAGUCUGACCAAGCGGCAAGCUGUCACCCUUACAUCCAGCUGGCCCCAUGGACUCCUAGCCGCCUUCGAGCCAUACAUGGUGUCUGCAAACGGGACAGCUCUGCUGCUGUGGGACCGGAGAACGCUGGGCCUUGUGCUGUCUGUGCCAGCAGCAGAUGUGCGAGGAGUGGUGGCCUUUGUGGGCUCAGACUCACAAGCUGUGCCACCAAGCAAGGGAUCUGCCUGGCCACUCUCUCCACCUGUGGCUACCACUACAAGAACAACCACAAGGAGCACUGCUGGGCCCACCAGCUCUACCACCUCCACUAAAAGACCUAAGCCAAGCAAGACCACCAUUGUGCUCACCACUACUUCAUUGACCAGCAAGACUACCACAUCAACCAUCACCAGCCAGUCCACAUCAACCAAAACCACCACUAUGCCAACCACUGCACGGACCACACCAACCAAAACCACCACUGUGCGUCCAGCUACUACCAGCACCAGCACCACAACUACUCAGUCCUUGCCAGCUAAGGCCACUGCCCCAUGGCCAAAUACUACCACCCAUCACCUAACCAGCCCUGCAUGGGUAGUGCCACCUACUCCACCCCUCUCAUCCAGUCCUGCACGUAAUUUGACCCCAGUCCCUCAUCUGUCCUGUCCUCGAACACAUGUGCCCUGCCAUGAUGGUACUGAGUGUGUGGCCCAGGAGUAUGUAUGUGAUGGGGAGAAGGACUGUGCAGAUGGCUCUGAUGAGGAUGGGUGUGCCCAGCUCUGCAACAUCCAAGGGGCCUUCCGCUGUGCAAGUGGAGCCAUGUGCAUCAGAGCUGAGGAGCACUGUGAUGGGGUGUCACAGUGCCCUGAUGCUUCAGAUGAGACAGGAUGCUGGAGCCCCACGCAGGAGUGUGCCCUGCGCUGUGAUGCUGCCACCCACUGCGUCCCUGAGAGCUGGCUAUGUGAUGGCCAUGCCGACUGCCUGGAUCAAGCUGAUGAGCAGGGCUGUGUGCCAAGGGAGUGCAGCCCAGCCGAGUUCUCCUGCCAGAGUGGGCAGUGCGUGGCUCUGGCCCUGCGCUGUGAUGGUGACCGCGACUGCCGGGACGGCUCAGAUGAGGAGGGCUGUGCCGUGCCCCGGCCGCUGCUCUGCCGCACGGGGGAGGUGGCAUGUACCCACAGCGGGGAGUGUGUGCCCGAGGCCUGGCGCUGCGAUGGUGCUGCUGACUGCAGAGACAGCACAGAUGAGCAGGGCUGCCCCCAAGAGAAAGAUCUUUGUGGGGACCGGCAGUGGGGCUGCUCCAGUGACCACAGAUGCAUCCCCGAUGUCUGGCGCUGCGAUGGAGAGAGUGACUGCAUGGAUGGCAGUGACGAGGCUGGCUGUCAGCCUGCUCCCUGCCAGAGUCACGAGUACCCAUGCAAACUGGGGACUUGUCUGAAUGUAUCCCUGGUGUGUGAUGGUCAGCAGAACUGUGCAGAUGCCUCAGAUGAGGGGGACAACUGCUCUGUGCCCUGCCAGCAGUCCUGCACUCAUCUCUGUUACCCCUCACCUCAAGGCCCUCGAUGCUGGUGUGACCAGGGCUAUCGGCUGGCCAAGGAUGGUCUGUCCUGCAUAGACACAGAUGAGUGCACAGAGAGGGGUGAGGGAAUCUGCAGCCAGACAUGCCACAAUGCCCCAGGGUCCUACAGCUGUGGCUGCCUUCCUGGCUACCUGCUUGAGCCUGACAACCAAGCCUGUAAACUCACUGGACCAGAGCCCAUGUUGCUGGUGGCUGUGCAGUCAGAGGUGUUGUCCUACGGCUUGCGGAGUGGACAAGAAGAGGUCCUGCUGGCUACUGACAAGGACAGAGUUGUCUUCUCACUUGACUAUGACCUGGUGGAGAGGAAAGUCUUCUGGAUGGACCUGGCCACAGAAAGCAUCCGCUGGCAGAACCUUGACUCGGGCAAGAAAGGCACACUGGUAAAAGGUGUGAGAUCAGACUGUAUAGCAGUGGACUGGCUUGGGAGGAACCUGUACUGGACAGAUGGGGCAGCAGGGCAGGUGCUGGCCACUCGCCUGGGAGCUGCCUGGCGAGGGAUACCAGAGUACACUGUAGUGAUGGAUGAAGACCUGGACCAGCCCCACUCCCUAGUGCUUCAGCCUCUGGCAGGGCUGCUGUACUGGUCGGAAGUGGGGAGUCACCCACGGCUGAUGGAGGCCACCAUGGAUGGCAGUCGACGGCAUGUGCUGCUGGCUCAAGGUCUGGGCUGGCCCACAGCACUGGCCCUUGACCUCACCACCAGGAGGAUCUUCUGGCUGGAUGAAAAACUGGGUAGCAUUGGUUCUGCACAUCUGGAUGGUACCAGUUUGAAGGUUCUGCAACUGAGCUGGGUCCAGAGCCCCUUUGCAGCUGCUGUAUGUGAGGGGCAUCUCUACUGGUCAGACAGGAAGAUGUGGUCUGUUCAGCAAGUGGACAAGACCAGUGGCAAGAACAGGACUGUGCUGAUUAAGCGACAUGGGCAGCCCCAUGGCCUCCAGGUGAUGCACCCAGCACUGCGCCCUGCAGUUCCCAACCCUUGUGCUGCACGUGGCUGCUCCCACCUGUGCCUGCUGAGCGCCAGACACGCUGGGCAGUGCCGGUGUCCUGCCGGGCUAACGCUGGCUGACGAUGGGACCACUUGCCUGCCCCUCCGUGAUUCAGCCUUUGCCCUCUUGGUGUCCCCAGCCUCUGUGGCGCAGGUCUACUUGAAGGACUUGCCCAUAACAUCUGUAUCUCCAGGCCUUCCUCCACACCGGGCCCUGCCCUUGGCCAAGGUGGACCACCUGACAGCCAUUGACUAUGCAGUGAAAGACAAGAGCCUGUACUUUGCAGAGCUGGGGAAUGACUCCAUCAGGCUGCUGCGCCUGAAGGACUGGGGCAGGCUGUCCUGGAAAAAGGUGGUGGCUGUGGAGGGUCCAGUGACAUCCCUGGCCCUGGACUGGCUGAGUGGGAACCUAUACUGGAUUAGAGCACAGCCACCAAGCAUCCACGUGGCAGCUCCUGGGGGCAGGUGGACCCUGGAGCUGCUCAACAAGGGGCUGAAGGGCGCUGCCUGGCUGACACUGUGCCCUCGUGCCUCCACUAUGUGCUUUGUCACAGCGUCCAGCAGCCAUGAGCCUGGCAGCACAGUGGAGUGCGCAGCCAUGGAUGGGACUGGCCGCAGAGCAGUCUGGAAGAGAGCUCGGGCUCCCACUGGCCUUGCCUUUGGGGGCUCUGGCACCCGGCUGUACUGGGCGGACCGUGGGAGAGGCACCAUCAGCAGCAUUGAACUGGAUGGAUCCCACUUCAGGGUGGUGCGGGAGGGGCUGCAUGGCCUCUCACUCUUUGCCAUCGGUGAAGGCUUUCUGCUCUGGAGUACAACCUCAACCAACGGCUCCAGCAAGGUCUGGUACAGCCGUCUGGAGCGAGGUGACAGCUUGUGGUUCCCUAUGGAGCAGAAGUUAGUAGCCAUGAGAAUUUACAGUCAGUUCUCACAGGAAGGCACCAAUGGCUGUGCAAAGAACAAUGGGGGCUGUGCUCAACUCUGUCUGCCCAACCCUGCAGGGCGACUGUGCCGCUGCUCCUCCGGCUACCACCUGGUGCAUGGGGUGGCGUGUACACUGGCAGUGCCCUGUGCAGCCCCCCUGCAAGCCUGUCCUGACCUCCAGAACUGCAUCUCUGCAGAGCAGGUCUGCAAUGGGCAUCCUGACUGCACUGAUGGCUCUGAUGAGUCUGACUGCUCCUCUGUGGAGGUGGGAACGCAGCUCCCAGCGGUGGCAACAUCAGGAAUGCCUCAUGUGGAGGAACAGAAACCAUCCUCACCCACCGUUGCACCCAAGCCUCAGCAGCCCAGCCCCAGCCUGUCUGCAGCCCCUGGCUUCCAGGAGAACCAAGAGCCUGUCCUGGUAACUCCCAGCACUGAGGAGGUGCUGGGAGCUGUUCCGUGCAGCAGUGAGAUGUGUAACCUGCGUGGGGACUGUGCCAUAGAGGCUGGGCGAGUGACAUGCCACUGUGCCCUGGGCUAUCGUGGCGACUACUGUGAAGAGGCAGAGGUGCAGCCCAUAGCAGGACCUAUCACCCUGGGGGUGGCUGUGCUCCUGCUGCUCACUGCUGCUGCUGUGGGAGCCCUGGCCUACAUGCGGAGGCGAGACAAGCGAAAAAGGACUUCAAGCACUGCUUCCACCCGGGUGCUGACCUUGUACCACCGUGAAAGUGACCCCGAGGAAGAAGAUGAGGAAGAUGUUGAGGAGCUUCCCCCCAAAAGUGACACCUUUGUGAAUGAAGCUUAUGACGGGAAAGAGGAGCUGCCAGCCCCACUGAGAAAGGGACCAUCUCACUCCAACACUGUAUUUUCAUAAAGGAAUGUUGUGCAGCA